UCGUGUUAAACUAAUGAACUCAUUACAUUUUACGGCUAUUUUUUUCAUAUCAAUCAAUGCUUUGAAAAUAUUUGCAACAACCGUUUUACUACCUCAUGAAGACGAUGAUCUAUGUUGUGUUUGUCUUGAUAGAAUUACGUCAAUCAUAAAUGUACCAUGUGGUCACAAAGUUUGCGAUAUAUGUGCAAUUCAAUUAAGAAUAAAUAAAGCAAAUAAAUCAAACAAUUUUCCUCUUUGUGUAACUUGUAGAGCUGAAGUUAAAGGAUAUACUAGGCAAAAUAAACUUCAUUUAAACGAUUUAUUUCCUUAUGUGAAAGACGGUGAAUGUAAAAUUUGUUUGAAAAAAAGAAGAGUAUCAUUAAAAAGUAAUGUUUGUGGACAUGAAUUAUGUUCUUACUGUGCUCGGGACAUACAAUUAAAAAAUAAAAAAAAUGAAAAAAAUGAAAAACUAUACUGCAAAUUUUGUGGAAAUGACGUUGACAAUUUCAAAAAACUUUCUCUUAACGAUUUGAAAAUAUUUAAUGAAGUGAAAAAUAAAAUGAAUUGUAAUAAUAUAUUACUUCAAAGGAUAAUUAAUAUUGAUAUAGAUGAAUCAAUAUCUAUAUUUGAAAAUACUUUUAAAGAAAAGGACUAUCAAAGUUUGUUAUUUUUUUUUUUUAAAGAAGAAGAGGGUUAUUUUACAGAAAUGAAUACAUUUGUUGAAGUGUAUUUCAAAAGAGCUAUUAUACAAGAAGAAAACAUCAAUCAUCUUAUACUUCAUAGUACUUUAAGUAUAAAGCAAGAUGAAUAUAAAUUUAAAGAUACAGAAACAUAUAAUAAUAUUGUACAAGAAAGAAGAAAUAUUAUGAGAAAAAUAUUUAUUCAUUACUAUGAUAAAGUUUUGC